AUGUCUGAUAAUAUUAAACGACAAAUUCAAUCACAGAAGCAAAGGUCACAGCAACAUUCUGAACGAAUUAUUACACAUGAAAUGACCGACGAGACACAGAUUUAUGAAGAUGUCAUAGAAGAGACUGACGUUGGAGACGAUGUUGAAGAUGUUUCAGAAUAUCGAUUUCGAGUUGAUAACUCCUACAGAACAAGCUAUAUUCCACGAAUUAGUAGCGUAUCAUCAGCUGGAAAUUCACAAUUACAUUACAAUGAUUCACAGCAUCAAAGGAUCAGCAGAGAACCAAGCAGUAGUCAGUUUUACAACAGUGAAGUUGAUCAACUUCAGUCAACUCAUGGGCGUGCUGUACCUGCUCAUGUUUUUGCGGUUCGUGGGAAUCGUAUAUAUCGCAUCGAUCGGUCAGGUGGAUCGACCACUUCCACACCAAUACGAACUCUCAACGAAACAAUGCGCAGGAGUGGAUUGCGUCAAGAAAAUGAAAUUAGCAUUAAAAAAGAACUAAAUUGGCAGAAACAAGAUGUGCCAUCGAAGUCAAAAUUUGUGAGUUCUUCUCUUAGUCCACCUUUAAAUUAUCGAUCUGCGCAAGCUCGUAUUCAACAUAAUCGAUUGCUCGCUCCCUCGAUGCCUUCAAAAUUGGCUCCCAAGAAACGACCUCUUGGAUCAAAAAAGCCUUGUCACUGUACUCGCUCAAUGUGCCUGAAACUAUAUUGUGACUGCUUCGCAAAUGGUGAAUUUUGCAAUGAAUGUGAUUGUAAAGACUGUAAAAAUACGAUUGAAUAUGAAAUCGAAAGAACGCGUGCUAUAAGGUUAUCUUUGGAACGCAACCCUAAUGCAUUCAAGCCAAAAAUUGGUGUUGCGACUGAUAGACAGAUAGAACCGGAAAGAUUACACCAGAAGGGAUGCCACUGUAAGAAAUCAAAUUGUUUGAAGAAUUAUUGCGAAUGUUAUGAAGCCAAAGUCCCUUGUACUGAUCGGUGUAAAUGUAUAUGUUGUCGGAACACGGAAUCAGAUCGAGCCGCACGUUUGGCAAAUUUAAAGCCUCCAAUGGUUUUGGCUGAUUUUCGUGCAGCGAUUGCAGCAAAUAAUAUUGAUGUUGUUAAAGAUAUGGAAUAUAGUGAAGAUGACGAUGAUGAAGGCGAUCGUAGUAAUAGUGAACCACACGACCCUAAAGCGUUGCCUUGGUUUUAUAUGACGGAUGAAGUAGUGGAGGCUGCAACUCUUUGUCUUGUAGCGCAAGCAGAAGAAAUGGAAUCUAGUGGGCUUUCAUCACAGGUCGAGAUUGAAAAAGCAGUUCUGCAAGAAUUUGGCCGCUGUUUAGGACAAAUUAUUGACAAUGCUUUAAAAAAUGGAGGUAGAGCUGUUUAA